GGUCCGUUUCUGCCAAGGGGGCGGGUCUUUUGGUCAGAGUCCAAUGACGAAAUGAGGAAGUCUCUGCUCUACGUCUCAACUUGCGGUCGGACUGCGUUGAAAAACAGGUCAACGUCCCAAAAACGAUGACACCAUGGCAACCGAGGGGGAACCCACAGACUUGGUCAAAGUUUUCCACCUGCUGGUGCUCUCCUUCACCUGGGGGAUGCAGGUCUGGGUCUCCUUCAUUGCCGGUUUUGUUUUGGUGACGCAGGUGACUCGACACACCUUUGGCCUGGUGCAGAGUAAGCUCUUUCCUGUGUACUUCUACUGCCUGCUGGGCUGUAACUUUGUCAGCCUGGCUGUGUACGCCGUGUACCACCCCAGAGAGCUGCUGGACUGGCAUGAAAGCGUGCAGAUUCUUCUUUUCUUUGUGUCACUCAUCACGGCAGGCCUGAACGCCCAGUGGUUCGGCCCCGCAGCCACUGAAGUGAUGUUCCAGAUGAGAGCGGUGGAGGAGGAACACGGCUUGGGGAACCAGGUGGGCCUGAGCAGCCAGAGGGAGGAGUAUGCCAAGCUCAGAGAGCAGGACCCCAAGUACAGGGCUUACAAGAGCUCGUUUGGCCGCUACCACGGGCUGUCCAGCCUCUGCAACGUCUUAGGGUUCAUCUGCACCACUACUAAUCUGAUCUACACAGCCCUGAAUCUGUCCACCAUUUAGAACAUCCCAACCCUUUUAACAGCUCAAAAUUCUGUACCGGAAGGCCAGAAUUGUAAACUAAGGAAUUGCAUAGUGUGUUUAAAGUUUGAGUUUAGGUUUAUGAAAUGCAAGUAAAAUUUGAACAAGCUGGCAUGAGAUAUUUCUUCAUAUUUCUAUAUUUUGAAUUCAUUUUGUGGUUUUUAUUUUAUUUUUCAAAAUACAUUUCAAAUAGUAAGAUGGAUUUUCAAUGUUUUUUGUUCAAUAAAGUUGUUUAAACAGUGAAA